CCUUAACUACGAGGAGAGAAGGCUUUGCGACCGCCAUUCGGCGUACUGACUGAACGUACCUAGGUACCUAUCUGGGGAGGUACCUUAGGUGCUGGCUUGUACGUCUUCUUAAGCGCGAUCUCGCUCACCCGACCUGCCAACGUGCCGCAACGCUGUCGACUGAACUCUCCACCCAAGUGAUCAUCCCGUGUUUUUUUCCCUUCCCUUCUUGUUCCCUUUGUACCGCGCGUAUCGUCGAGUUCCGCACCCGUCUUCCGAUCACCUCCGCCGUUCACCCACCAUCGACCGAUCGACUCCCCGAGAACCAUGGAUGAGGGCCGUCUCUGGAAAUUCCCUAGGCCAGCCUGGCUCAACAGCGCUUGGGCACGCAGUGCCGGGGUCUAUUCCGCGGGUGCUUUGUUCUCCCUGGCCUUCUACAUCAUGAUCGACGCGGCGGCGUGGUCGAAGUCGCUCCUGAAUGGGUCGGACGUGCACGUGACGUUCAUCGACUGGCUGCCGCUCAUCUUCAGCUCCCUGGGGAUGUUGAUCAUCAACUCGGUGGAGAAGGCGCGCUUGUCGGCAGACUCCUUCAGCUACUCGGGGUCCGGCGUGGCCUGGAAGGCGCGCGUGGUGCUUUUCCUAGGGUUUGCCGCUCUUGCGGGCGGCAUGGCGGGCGGCGUCACCGUGUUCGUGCUCAAGUUUGUCGUGCGUGAUGUAGACUGGCCGAUGAAGACCAUGGGCAUUGAGAACGUCGUCGCCAACGCCCUCGUCAUGCUGAGCUCCGUCGUCCUGUGGAUCAGCCAGAACAUCGAGGAUGAGUAUAGCUACAAUUUGUCCCUCUGACGUCCGCAUCAUAGGUAGCACGCGGAACGCCCCGGACGGUCUAUUGCUCAAUGUGCGACGGAAUAACGAGGGGUAGAAUAACGGGCGAUGCGUGGUUCAUAUUGAUGUAUAGCCUGGGAGGAGGCAUCACCUGUGCUCUCUCCUCUAAGGGCACUCGAGGGUCCUCGAGAAGGAAG